GCACUCUUCGGCGAGAAUCGGGAGGAGGAGGAGACUGCAAGGAUGGGCCCAGGAGCAAUGGCGUCCAAAGAGGAACAAGCAGUAAAAAAUCUCAACGUGGAGAACGCCAAACAGGAAAAUGAAAAAAGGGAUGAAAAGGAGCAAGUUGCUAAUAAAGGAGAGCCCUUGGCCCUCCCUUUGGAAGCUGGUGAAUAUUGUGUGCCUCGAGUAAAUCGUAGGCGGUUCCAUGUUAGGCAGCCCAUCCUGCAGUAUAGGUGGGACAUGAUUCAGAGACUUGGAGAACCACAGGCAAGGAUGAGAGAGGAGAAUAUGGAAAGGAUUGGGGACGAGAUGGGACAGCUGAUGGAAAAGCUGAGGGAAAAGCAAUUCAGUCAUAGUCUGCGGGCAAUUAGCACUGACCCUCCUCACCAUGACCAUCAUGAUGAGUUUGCCUUAUGCCUUGAGUCUUGAUGUUUUCCCUGAAGUUAAUAGGAAGACACACCUGCUUCCUAAACUUAAUGUUCUCAGUGUACAUUUGUUGUAAACCUUUUGGUGUUACAUGUCUCUUGUGGGUCUCCUAUGACCAGCUUCUAAUUGAAUGUUGAAUUUUGACCCAAAAUGUAAGAUUCUGUCAGCAGGGGAGUUUCACCCUAUUGCAUGGCAAGAUGUUCAUUAUAUAUUGUGACGUUAAUAAAGCAGUUUAAAAGACAAAAAAACAAAACAACAACAACAACAGAAAACUGGUAUUACUCCCGGAAAACUAGAGCGUAUGAUCACUCUAGGUACAGCUUAUUU